GAGCCGUGUCCGAGACACGUGACGUGAUUGUUUGGGGUGCUGCUAACAGUAAGAGGUGUCGCAAACAGCUUUAUAAUUGUCUUUUGUGUGGUGAAAUAGAAGAAAGUGAGUGUCUCAGCUCACCAUGUGCCAGGUUAAUGAAGAAUACCAUGACGGGCUGGAGCAGGCGCAGGUUCCCGGUGUUUCUAAGAAAUGUGUCAAAUGCAAAGAGGCAAGUGCAGCUGUGGUCAUCAGGGCAGGAGAUGCAUACUGCAGGGGCUGUUUCAAAGAAUAUUUCAUUCACAAGUUCAGAGCCAUGCUGGGCAAAAACAGGAUCAUUUUCCCUGGAGAGAAGGUGCUGUUGGCUGUGUCUGGAGGUCCUUCGUCCUGUUCAAUGCUGAGUCAAGUCCAAGAGGGUUUGAGUCAGAAUGCUCACAAGAAGUUGAGGUUCCUACCUGGCAUUGUCUUCAUUGACGAGAGCGGUGUUUUGGGUCAGUCUUUGGAGGAGAGACAAAAGACUGUGUCGGAGCUGCAGGCCGUGUUCAGAGCUACUGGUUUCCCCUUUCACAUGGUGCCUCUGGAACAGGUUUUGGAAGUUCCCAGUUCAGUCGUGGUGACAGCUCCUUCACCCUCUGACCAACCAGCCAGUGCCUACAAAGCAGCUGUGGAUCGCUUCAUUCAGCGCGACAGCAGCUGUCCGACAUCACAGGAGCAGAAGGAGAGGUCGCUGCCGGUGGUGCAGGAGGCCCAUACGCGGCUCCUGCAGCAGCUGGUUGGCUCGGCUAAGACGCUGACAGCCAAACAAGACCUCCUAAACACAUUAAAGCAGCAUCUGCUGGUGCACACAGCUCGCACUGAGGGCUACAGUAAAGUCAUGCUGGGAGACAACUGCACCAGACUGGCAGUGAAACUGCUCACUAGCAUAUCAGUGGGCAGAGGAGCACAGCUGGCUCAGGACACGGGUUUCUCAGACACCAGGUAUGGUGACAUCAUAUUAGUGAGACCAAUGAGGGAAUACUCAGCCAAAGAAAUAGCUUUCUACAAUCACAUGUUCAGCGUGGCUUCUGUCUUCGUACCAAGCCUGGACACUAAGAGCACAGAGAAAGCCAGUAUCCAGCGUCUGACGGAGAGCUUCGUGACUAAACUGCAGACAGAAUUUCCUUCCACUGUCAGCACCAUCUACAGGACCAGCGAGAAGCUGCAGACGUCGUGUAGGAGCUCCUCCACAGCUGAGCCCUCUGACCGCUGCCUGCUCUGUGUGUGUGCCAUGGACACUGCUGUUGAGGAUGCUUCAGCCUUUCAAGCCACACUGACCUCAGUGCAGCUCUCCCAGGUUAAGGUUCCUGGGUCCUGCAGUACGAAGGUCCCGGGACUAAACCAAGCUCCAGUGGAGCUUCAGGCACCUGCACCCUCUGGACAGUGUUGCUCCUCAGGAGGAGGAGGAGGAGAGGAUUGUGGGAGAGCCGAGCGUGGUGGAAGCUGCUGUUCUUCCACAGAGAAACCAGAGGCGAUUGAUCUGAAGAGUCUCCUCUGUUACAGCUGUCAGCUGACCAUCAAAGAUAUGUCAUCAGUGGAGUGUCUUCCUCAGUACAUCCUGUCAGAGGCGAAGAGGAGGCAGAGGAGGUCCCAGAUGAGAGAGGAUAUCAGUGAGUUCCUGCUCUGUGAUGGUGACGGAGAUGAUUCGUAGGAGGAGAGAAUGUUCACCUUCAGCUGUGCACCAUAAAACAAUCCAACAAAAAUAAACACGAUUCAGCUAAAGUCAA